AACACGUUUUUGGGGAUGGGACAUUUUCAUUCGCUCCGAAAUAUUUUGUUCAACUUUAUACUAUUCACGUAUUUACAAACAAUUUUUAUGUUCCUGUGGCAUUUUGUUUUUUAAGUAACAAACAUACUGAUACUUACAUCAGUAUGUGGAAAACAUUACAAAAUAUAUGUAUUCAAAUUACUGGUAAUAUAAUAAAUUUAAGCAAUUUUCAUGUCGACUUUGAAAAAUCUGCGCAUAAUGCAGUAUUGUAAAUUUUCCCUAAAUGCAAAAUCAUGUGUUGUAACUUUCAUUUAGGGCAAAAUUGGUUUAGGCAUAUUCAACAACAUAAAUUAUUAUCGAGCGAGUACUUAAACAACGACUCAGAAGUUGGAAAAUGGAUGAAAUGUUUUUUUGGAUUAAGUUAUUUACCCCCUGACGAAGUUUCCGAUGGAUUUUGUGAUCUUAUGUCAAUAGCACCAAGUACUACGUCUAAUAUUUCUAUAUUUUCCGAUUAUAUUUUAGAAAAUUACAUAACAUCGGACAGCAAUUUCCCUCCAACAUUAUGGGCUUGUGAACCUACUAAUAAUCCUAAGACUACUAAUGGUGCCGAGAGUUAUCACAAACAAUAUAAUAGUCAGUUUUACACUGCUCAUCCGCACAUACAUCAAGUAGGUAAUCGACGUCAUUAUUGGAAUUCAAAGUGACACUGAUUUAAAAAUUAAUUCGAUAAACAAUAAAAUCAUAAAUUUCAAAAGAAAAGAGACAAUUAAUA